AGGAUGUUCUGCACAUCUGGCAACAACUGCAUGUCAUAGUGUGUGUCAGAGAGAGAGAGAGAGAGAGAGAGAGAGAGAGAGAGUAGGAGUUGGGGCGUGUGUUGGGGUGUAAAGAUACGACAGCUUUCCACGAAUACGAAGUCUUUAAACUCAGCACUGGACCUGCCACAGUCUCUUCCUAAUUAUAUUACAGCUGCAAGGCAAGGGUGGAGAGAGCAUCAGAGAAAGUAGGAGAGAGUGAGAGGGGAGAAGAAAUAAGGAGAAAAGAGCGGGGCAGUGGCACAGAGUGGAGAGGCGAGAGAAGAAUCUGGUAUUCAAACUAGAUCGGAGAAGGACUUCCUGCUGAGAACUGAAGCAUCAUCAUCAUUUCAAAGUCAAAAAGGGGGGGAGUGUUUAUCUGCUCAUCAUGGCCCCUCGCUCUCUGUUGAUGCUGCUGAUGGUGGUUACCAUGGCAACUGGGGCCCGUUCAGCCAGCGAGGAGAAUGAACUGGAUUAUGGGUACUGGAACUAUAGAGAGGGAGCUGAUAGUGUGAAUGUAGCCUCAGUGCGCAGCGUCACCAGAGUUUUAGAUGCCUGGGGAAAACGCAUCUUCCAUGAGAUCAAGACUUUACUGCACUCUCAGCCCAGCACACUGCUGCCUGACUACUCCAGGGUGCGCCCUCUAUCCGAGUCCGUCAACGAUCUGUUCAGAGAAGUCUCUCUGCUGCGCAGGCGCAUCACCGAACUCUCUCAUCGCCUAGCAACCCUGGAACCGUUCCUCCGUCACCACGGCUACCGGGAGGUGGAGGAGGGGGAGGCUCUGGCACCUUCAAGCCUGAGAGGAGAGGUGGCGAGCUUGGCCCGGUACACCCCGAGGACCCCGGCCAGGGCGAGCCCACCGAGGGGGAGCCGGGUGGUGAGGAGGAGACGGGUGAGGGUCCUGAAGAACGGAGGAGGAGUGAAGCUGGUGCAGAGAGAGAGAUAGAUACAGUGAUGGAGGGAGGCUGGUGUCGGUGUGUGACACACAGAGAGCUUCUGAAACUAUCAGGCUUAUAUGAUGUAAGAAAUGCAUUUUUAUAUGUUAGGAUUUCAUUUUGAUAAAAUAACAUAAAGUCAUAUAUGACAAUGAAACACAGACGCUGUUCUGUGAGAUCAGAGAUUAUGAUUAUUGUUUGUAUUAGUAGAUAAAUAAAUCAUAUCUUUAAUAAAUACUUUUAAUGAUUAUUAGCCUAUUAUUAUUAUUAUUUUAUUGUCCAGCUUUUAAUGUCAGGUGAGUUCAGACACAUUCAGAAACACAGACAUCCUUCCAACACUAUACAUCUAUAUUAUUAUUAUUAUUACUACUAUUAUUAGCUAUUUGUAUAGCAUCCUUAAAAUGUGUAUUUUUAAAGGUUUAUUCUUGACACUGGAAACAGUGAGUGGCUCACUUUUUUACUUUUCAUGUAUUGGUACAUAAACAAAUGAGUAUUCCAUGUUAAUUUAAUUAAUAUUUAACUGCUGGAAAAAACCAAUCACAUGGCUGCACGAGACUUUGGUGAAAACUGGCUUCAUCAAAUUAUUAUUAUUAUUAUUAUUAUUAUUAUUAUUAUUAUUAUCUGGUCAUUUGGGAUAGUGGCCAUGUUAAAUAAAGAAAAUAUGUUGCAAGAAUAAGCAGCAAAGAAUGGGAUGAUUUUAAAAAAGAGAAUAUUCAGUAGUGUAGUGGUAGUUGAUGAGGUGGGUGUACCUGCUAUGCAGAUGGGUAGGUUAUGGAGGAAGUGGGUUUACUCUACUAGGCCUAUUUAUUCCAAUGGCUUUUUGGCUGAUAGGUGGGUAUACCUCGUAUACCCUCCACCACACCAAGUAGUAUAUAUAUUUUUUUCUCAAUUUCAUGGUAAUGUUCUUAUUAAUAUGAUUAUUUAUUUUCAUGUGUUAUUAAUUUACUAAAUAUUGACCACUAAGCUAAAGGCAUGUAUAGUGGACUCCAACUUAAAAGGGUUAAUAACUUUUUUUUUCGUGAAGUUUUUUUAACUGAUGGGGACCCACUCAGCCCUAUAAAACAGUUGCAUAUUCCAAAGUAUAUAUAUAUAUAUUUAAAAAAGGCAUUUACAGAGUUUGAAAGAUGUGGCCAUUUACCAGUAAGAGAGGAAGAUAUUGAACUGCAUUGUGGGAAAUGUAGGAUCCAGUGUUUUUGAAGCUUCAAUCACACCACCAAGUGUCAGGAUAUCUCUACUGCUUCAUUUCUUUCUUUCCUUUUCUUUUUCAAAUCUGAUUCUAGUGAGUCCCCCAAAUUCAGUGGAAGUCGAAUAUUAAAUUGAUAGAGGAGUCCUUUAUAAACAUAUAUUUAGAAAAAUAAAAAACAAAACUGCAACCCUCCACCCCCCCAAAUGUAUUCUAGUUUUACACCAAAAACUUACAUGUGUCUUUUCAGUAGCAUCUGUCACAACUGUGUUUUGUUUCUUUACACCUGUCUUACCUCCAGUCACACAUGAAAUGUACCUAAACUACACACAGUAACCAGAGGAUGCCAUGUUGUUACCACAUGGUGUCAGUGCUCUCCUGCUGCUGUAACCACAUGUGACAUUACAACUGAUUCAUGGAAGCUUGAUCUUUUGUUUUUUUGCUCAGCUGAAGUCAGGCACGGUCCUCAUGGGCCCAGCAGGGGGUGCCUAUUAUCUGCUAACAUAAUUAUACUGUUUGCAUAUGGUGAUCUGCUGUGUGUGUGUGUGUGUGUGUGUGUGUGUGUGUGUGUGUGUGUGUGUGUGUGUGUGUGCGCGUCUGUAUGCGUGUUGUGGGCACAGGCAUCAAACUUUAUGCCUUCAUUAAAACUUUGCCAAGUGUUUCUACAGCAACCAGUUUCUCUCCUCUUCUUCUACAACUCCACUUGUCAUCCACGCCACACUGUGCAGCGUGUUCCUCCUCUUUUCUCUCACUUUCUCUCUUUUCCAACCAGCGUCUGCACACUCGCCACUUGUCAGUUCCUCUUUUGUUUCCUUCUGCAUGGGUUUCAUCCCCUUUUUUUCUUCAAACUGUAAUCUGUACAUCAAGCACCCCUCCUCGUCUUCCUCCUCCUCCUACUCCUCCUUCUUCUUCUCUCCUCUCUACACUGCUAUGUGUGGGUGUUAAGCUCAGGCUGUACUUUCCAUUUUGGUAUUGUAUUGUCAAUGCAUUGUUGCAUCCAAUCCAGUUAAGAUGCUGUGGGAAUACUGUGUAAAUCUCUCUCUCUCUCUCUCUCUCUCUCUCUUUCCGUCUCACUUUCUACACCCCCCUCCCCAUCCCUGGAAAAAGAGCCAGUUGCUAGGUAACAGUUAAUUGUCAAGAAGUAGUUACAUGUGUUGCAAUGCAUCCUGAGGUUGUUGGUUUGGUGUGAGGAGUGAACAAAUGAGCAAGAACAGAGAGAAAAUAGUAAAGAUUUUUUUUCUCCUCAGAAGCAGGAGAUAAAAACUGAUUAAAAGAUUAUUUCAACCGCCUCACCUCCUUCUGUGUCAGCAUCCAACACCAUCGAUGUUAAAAUUCUCCCACCAAAUCUAUACACACAAGGCA